AGCAGUCAGUAUCCUAACAGUCAUUUCCCUGUGGCAGUUAGUAAUGGCUUCACUUCUACUGUUGUGUUCUUCGUAGUUCAUCAGUGAAAAUUUUCUUGCAAAGUUAACUCAGUUGAUGGUUAAUUUAUAUUGUAAAAGUACAAACAUAUUUUUACGCCAGAGAAGAGUCAAGGAUUGACAUCUCUACACGUGUGGAUGUCUGCAGUCAAGUCCCGUUAUUGCAACCAUCACACCCGUCGGAAAUGUCAUGUAAUGACUGUGUACAAGUCACAUGGACGAAAUGUUGCUGCUGUUGUUCGGGAACACAGCAUGGAAAUAACUUAUCGAGCAAUUCUACCCCAAAAGAUCCACAAAACUCUCAAGUUCAUAUUGAAGUAAUUGAAAAUGAGCCAAAAUCAAUGAAUGCUGAAACAGCGAGUGGAGAAUCUUCAAAUGGCAUACACUAUGAAGCUGACGUAUCCGAUCUGGAUGACGGGGAAAAAUACCGAUAUAGUGGAAGAAACUUUGAUACGAUAGACCUGGGAGAUGAUCCAUCUGAUGUCAAGCUAUCUGAUAAAGAAACAACGCCUACUGCCAUUCCAUCUGUAUCGCGCCUACAGGUAGAAGGCAACAAUCGGAACAAAAAACUGUCCGGAAAAUUUAGAUUUACUAGUACAAAGCGUGGAGCUAAAAAUGAAUCUGUAUAUAGUAAGACAUCACAAUUUUAGUCUUAAAAUAUUGAAUUCAUGUGGAUUUCCAUUUUGAAAAACUUUGAAGUCUUUAAAACACUUUUACACAUACUAUUUGAACUAGUACAAGGCAGAGUACCAAACAUGGUACCUGUCAUCAAAACUAUGUUACACAACAUUGUAUAUAUGUGCGCACAUUGCAGCCAACACAGAUGGUUGCAGCCAAAACCAGCAAAGUCCAUCCAUAUUAACAUGAGUUCUGACUUCGGAUAUCCAAGGUUUUAAUUAAAAAAACACUCACGAAUGAAAAUACAUUUCAAAUUGACCAUUCUGCUAUUUUGUUUCGCCAGCCACAGACGAUAUCCCUUUCUAUUAUAUCUCUUUGUUUCUAGAAUGAAGUAGGAACCCCGCUCCCUACCACACACCGAGUACUAACACGAACAACUGAGUUAUUGAAAUAUAAACGUUUUCGUUGCAAAUUGUUUUAUUCCAUGAACUAAAAAAGGGGUUCGAAAUAUAUUAUUUAUAUAUUAAGUUA